GCGAGCCCAGCGUCCCCGCCAUGGCUCUGAAGCAUGUCUGGUCAUUCUUAUGCCCCGGUCUCCCCCGCCUCGCCCCACUGUCCACGGCACCGGCGGCUCGCGAGCAGUCCGCCGCGGGCCCACGGGCUGUGUCGGCAUGUGGGGUUGCCGAGACCGUACGGCCGCCGGUGCCCUCUGUGGACUUUGGCAACGCGCAGGAAGCGUACCGCAGCCGGCGUAGUUGGGAGCUGGUGCGCAGCCUGCUGGUGUUGCGCUUGUGCGCCUCGACCACGCUGUUGGCGCGCCACGAGCAGCUACUCCACAUCACCAGGAAACUCCUGGGGCAAAGGCUGUUUGAUAAGCUCAUGAAGAUGACCUUCUAUGGGCAGUUUGUGGCUGGUGAGGACCAAGAAUCUAUCCGGCCCUUGAUCCAGCACAACAGGGCUUUCGGUGUCGGCUCCAUCCUGGACUAUGGCGUGGAGGAGGAUCUGAGCACCGAGGAGGCCCAGUGCAAGGAGAUGGAGUCCUGUACCUCAGCGGCAGAGAGGGAUGGCAGUGGGACAAGUAAGAGGAAGAAGCAGUACCAGGCUCACUGGGCCUUCGGAGACCGCAGGGAUGGUGUCAUUAGUGCCCGCACCUAUUUCUAUGCCAACGAGGCCAAAUGUGACAGCCACCUGGAGACUUUCCUGCGCUGCAUCGAGGCCUCAGGCUGCGCCUGUGAGGACGGUUUCUCAGCCAUUAAGCUCACUGCGUUGGGGAGACCCCAGUUUCUGCUGCAGUUCUCAGAUGUGCUGACCAAGUGGAGACGCUUCUUUCACCAAAUGGCUGCAGAGCAAGGGCAGGCAGGGCUGGCUGCCAAGGACAUGAAGCUGGAGGUGGCUGCCCUGCAGGAAAGCAUCGCCAAGAUGGGCAUAGCGCCCAGGGCAGAGAUCCAGGACUGGUUCACAGUGGAGACUCUAGGCGUGUCUGGCACUGUGGACUUGCUGGACUGGAGUAGCCUCAUCGACAGCAGGACCAAGCUCUCCCAGCACCUGGUGGUCCCCAACACACAGACAGGACAGCUGGAGCCCCUGUUGUCUCAGUUCACUGAGGAGGAGGAGCUACAGAUGACAAGGAUGCUGCAGCGGAUAGAUGUGCUGGCCAAGAAAGCCAGGGAGAUGGGUGUGCGGCUGAUGGUGGAUGCCGAGCAGACCUACUUCCAGCCAGCUAUCAGCCACCUGACACUGGAAAUGCAGCGCAAGUUCAAUGUGGACAGGCCACUUAUCUUCAACACGUAUCAGUGCUACCUCAAGGAUGCCUAUGACAAUGUGACUUUGGACAUGGAGCUGGCUCACCGAGAGGGCUGGUGUUUUGGGGCCAAGCUGGUACGGGGGGCAUACAUGGCCCAGGAGCGCGCCCGUGCAGCAGAGAUUGGCUAUGAAGACCCCAUCAACUCCACGUACGAGGCCACCAACACCAUGUAUCACAGGUGCCUGGACUACGUGCUACAGGAGCUUAAGCACAAUGCCAAGGCCCAGGUGAUGGUGGCCUCCCACAAUGAGGACACCAUACGCUUCACGCUGUGCAGGAUGGAGGAGCUGGGCCUGCAUCCCGUUGACCGGCAGGUGUACUUUGGACAGCUGCUAGGCAUGUGUGAUCAGAUCAGCUUCCCGCUGGGCCAGGCGGGCUUCCCCGUGUACAAGUACGUGCCCUAUGGCCCUGUGAUGGAGGUGCUGCCCUACCUGUCCCGCCGUGCCCUAGAGAACAGCAGCCUGAUGAAGGGUGCCCAACGGGAACGGCAGCUGCUAUGGAAGGAGCUGAAGCGGCGGCUCCUCACUGGCAGCCUCUUUCACUGCCCAGCCUAGCACCCUGGCCACAGCUACUGCCCUUGGUCUCCACGCACCCUCACUAUGUCCUCCCAGCACCCUCAUGCUGAGCUGGAACUUGGGGGUGGGGCCUGAGUGGUCCCUAAGCUGUCACCACAGCUGCAGACCAACCUUGUGGAUUCCCGUUUACACCCAAGACUUCAGACCUGUGGGAAGGGGGCCUGCCCAGGGUGUGGGCACCCAGCCUGGGCCAAGUCUGAUACCUAGCUAAGCCACUAUGAACUGUUGGGACUUCCCACCUCUGUGACCCCAUGUCUUUGGACCCAGAGGACAGUCUUCUACUGGGGGCCAGCCCACAACCUGAGCCCCUUGGGUGGCCAGUGGCUAGGCUGUGUAGGCCUGCCUGGUCAGUAAACCACUGUUCUUGUA